UUGUUCUAAGAUCUAAUGGCGGCUACACUCAACUCUCCCCCAUUAUAUAAACCCCACCCCUCAAAAACAUUCCCCAAAAAUAUGCAACAAAGCAAUCAAAUUUCACUAACCCACGAUCCCAAAUCCAUGAAACUCCUCCACCGCCUCUCCGGCAACCAGUGCGGCUCCGUCGUCUCCCAAACCAUCCACGCGCCGCUGCCGCUAGUCUGGUCCGUCGUCCGCCGGUUCGGCGAGCCGCAGGCCUACAAGCGGUUCGUCAAGAACUGCGGCCUCAGCUCCGGCGACGGCGGCGCCGGCAGCGUCCGGGAGCUCACCGUCGUGUCGGGGCUGCCGGGCCGGCGGAGCACGGAGCGCCUCGACCGCCUCGACGACGAGUCGCAUGUCAUGGUGGUCAGCAUAAUCGGCGGCGACCAUAAACUCGUCAACUACCGGUCCACGACCACGUUGCACGGCGGUUGCGAUGGAGAGACGGUGGUGACGGAGUCGUAUGUUGUGGACAUUCCGCCGGAUAGCUGUGAGGAGGACACGUGUCUUUUCGCGGAUACUAUAAUUGGUUGCAAUCUUAAGUCGUUAGCUAAGGUUGCAGAGAGUGAAGGGAGCCUAGUGUUGUCAUCGUGUCUUUUUGGGCUUUACAUUGCUGUUGUGUAACAUCAUGUAAAUGGCCUUCGGACUUAGAAUCAAAUUUGUACUACUCUUAUUUGCA